GCGCUGGUAUAAGCAUCUCCAGUGUAGCCGGGCAGAUGUUGGCACAUCCCAUUGAUGCCGGUGCACAGGGGGAGCCGCUCGUUUAUUUGUUGGAACGCAGGCUUUGGACUCAUGCAUUCAGGAUGAGGAGACCCCUUCAUUUUCAGGCAGCAGCACAUUCUUUCUACUUGGUGGAUACAGAAUGCAUAGGUUCAGAUGCAUGAUCCAUGAAUGCAUGAAUUCAUCUUAACUUCACCAUUCUUUAAAAUCUAUAACAACAAAUGGGCUUUUGGAAGCUGCAAGAUGGUAUUUGUUUCAACUUGGAUUCCUGAGUAGAUCUACAGUCGCCUUUAACCUGAUGUCAAGGGGGCACCAUCCUAUCCCAAGUUGGUCAAAGGCGGCCUGUGCCUUUCUUAGGAAUGACAAUAUUACAGGGCUCCAGCCUAGGUUUCAGCAAAGGCCUUGGCAGGAGAAUACUAUGCAGCUUAGUGUUUGCUUUGGUGAUCGCAUCUUUGGUGGUGGCAUCUUACAUGCUCGCUGGAGGCAAGCAAGACCAUCUGUUCCAGCCAUUCCCUCCUGAUUCAAGAGACUAUUCCUCAAGUUACAACCAGUCAGAAGGCAGGAGACAGAAGGACAUUAGACUUUCAGAUUAUUCAGUAGUUCGGCUAACUGACCGCAGAAUCCCUGACAUUGAGGAACUGAAGCAGUAUGAACCACACCUGUUUGCCGUGAUUCCACAAAAGUUCCUCUCCAUCAGCCGAAGCCCCUGCUGGUACCAGAAGUAUGAGGAAAAGAAAGACCCAUACAGCGGCAAUGCAUAUGUCCUGUAUUCCAAGCGGUUUCGUGCUGUCUUCGAAGAGAUGCGCCAGAAUUUCUGGAAGAGGCUGCUGGUUAAAGGGGACUCUCGAUACCGAUUGCGCUGCCUCCCAUACUUCUACAUCAUUGGGCAGCCCAAAUGCGGCACCACUGAUUUAUACAACCGUAUGCGCCUUCAUCCUAGUGUUCGAUUCUCGGCCAACAAAGAACCACAGUGGUGGACAAGGAAAAGAUUUGGAAUCAUGAGGCUAAAAGAAGCGCUGCAGAGUCCCUUCCCGGUCGAGGAUUACUUGGAUUUAUUUGACUCGACUGCACAAGAGAUCCAGGCUCUGUACAACGCAGCCAAAGAUACAGAAGAUACGGUUACCAGCCCUCUGGUUAUAGGAGAAGCCAGUGCGUCAACAAUGUGGGACAACAACUCUUGGAUGUAUGUCUAUGAUAACACAACCAACACAGAGCCUCCACACCUGACCCAGGACUUCAUCCGCACCUUUCAGCCUAAUGCCAAAUUUAUUGUAAUGCUCCGGGAUCCUGUGGAGAGACUGUACUCUGACUACUUAUACUUCGCCAUCGCCAACAAGUCGGUGGAGGAGUUCCAUGACAAGGUGAAUGAGUCUCUGCAGAUGUUCAACAGCUGCCUGCAAACUUUUACUCUGCGUUCCUGUGUCUACAACACAACGUUAAACAACCUCCUGACAGUGCGACUACAAGUGGGGCUCUAUGUGGUUUUCUUGUGGGACUGGCUGUCACUCUACAAGAUGGAAGAGUUUCUCAUUCUGAGACUGGAAGAUUACUCUGUUAGGGUCUUGCAAAGCAUGAGGAGGGUCUUCAGCUUCCUGGAGCUGGAGCCUUUGAGUGUUGAGCAGGAGGCAACAAUAACACAAAGCCCAGCUUCCAACAGCCGUCGCCCUGAAGACUGCAGCCUUGGACCCAUGAACCCUCAAACCCAACGGCUUCUUAGGGAUUUUUACCGUCCCUUCAACCAAAGACUUUCCCACUUACUGAGGGAUGAUGCCUUUCUAUGGGAGCCACAAUCAGCUGUCUAACCAAUAUCAGUUUUGCAUGAUAAAAUGCACUGAAUGAGAGUGCUGACAUCUAGUGGGCAAGCACUGUAAAAGCUGAGAACCAACAUUAACGAGGAACUAUGGCGAAAAUUAGAAUUUAUUAUAAGCUUCCUCUUACUGAGAUAAGAAACUUUCUUGGGCGUCAGAUGAAUGAUCCAAUAUAUCUUAUAGGGGGGCUCCUUUCCUAGCAGAUAUAUCAGAGCUCACUCAAAUAACUGAUUCCAGUACAAACAAAAUCUAAC